AUGUUUUGGCUAAUAUUAUUCUGGUUGAUUUCAUUAUGCCUAGGUAAUACAGAAACAUAUUUAUUCAAGAUACCCCAAUACUAUGAUAUAGUGUCCCAUCCAACCGUAAUUGCUACCAAUGAUAAAUUCACUCGCCAUGUACAUUAUCUCAAUGAUACCCAUAGACUUAUUUUAGAUUACCCCAUUCAAACAAUUGAUAAUAUAGACAUUUCUAAUAUAGUUAAACUUAAUUAUGAUACUGUAUCUCAGCUACCAUCGACAUUAUUGGUUCGAAUCAAUAACUAUGGCAACGCAUUAAUUUCUAAUGAAGAUUUAUUAAACAUUAAAUUGUGUUGGCCAGCAACUACACCUUAUGAUUUUCAAAUAAGUCAUGGUUAUUUUCAUUCAAACGAAAUAAGUGAAGAAUUGGAGGAUAAUCUUGAAUUAUACUUGAUUAUAAAUUAUCAAUUCCAUGCAUAUACCUAUGAUGAAACUAAAUAUUUGAAUAGCAAUGAUGAAUUGGAGUUUCAAUUAUACAUUAACAAACUACCAAACAAGUAUCUUCCAAUUCCAUUAGAGUUAUAUGAUUUUAUUGUCUACUUGGUGGACAUAACCAUUUUCUUAAGUUGGAAUGUGGUGCCAUACUUAGUUCAUAGUUUUUUCCUUUAA